AACGAGAUGUGUGUUCCCGAUCGGUCGCAGGAUGGGGUGGGUGCUGGGACAGGGUGAUGAUAGCAAUACUUGAUACCACGGGGGAAUUGAUUGGCGGUUUACUGUUCCUGCUCUGUUGUUUCUGUCACGUUGCUGUUACUGACGGGCGGUUAUGGAUGUGGUUGCUGUGAAUACAUGCUCGGUCGAUUGGAGCAAGACGAACGGGUCUGGGUCGGCCGACGUUAGGAGCUCUUCGGCGGUAUGAGGAUGACCUGCAUUGGCUGCCAAGCACUGCGGCACGGCAAAAACCCUCUUCUGGUAACGACUCGUCACGAUCCGCGCAAGACACACUUUCAACUUCUCUUCUCAGUCACUCCACCACCGCACCCGAACACAAUAUUGGUGGUGUAUGGUGAGAAUGUGUCGUCGAGGGUGUUUCAUUUAGUGAACUCGAUGGGAAUCAAAAUGAUUUGCCACCGUUGCCAACAGAUGGCGAAGCACUACCUGGAUCGGCAACACAGCUCGGACGCGUUUUAUCUUCACGACGAUACCGCGUCUUUUCUGUCUUCCAUUGACCGUGGCUGCCCAGUAUGCACCCAGAUUUCUGGUGUUCUUAUGGGGAAUGGGGUUGAGUUUCGAGACGGCGGCGAGCCAAAGGGUCUCGCGACGUCGGGGAAAAUAAACGCUCAGCGACGCUCUCUCGUCUUAUCCAAGGGCAGCGACUCACCGUCAGUUCGCGUAUGGUUAGAGCUCAAACUUGAACGUCCAUCGACAGGGGAGAACGCAGACGACCUGAACAGCAGCGGUAAUGUAACGACGUUCACGCUGUCCGCUACCUUCAACCAUGAAACGCCAGAAGAGUGCUUCCCGCGCGGAGCUCCGGAUAGCACAGAGGCGAUGGAUACGGGCGACGAAGCGGUGCUCAACCUACUAGCUUGGUGGGUUGCGCGGUGCGAUGAGAGCCACAACUGUGGACAAGGACGUGAUGCUGAACCAGCUUUCGUCCCUCCAAGGUUACUGAAGCUGGAUGAAGACUUAUGCCGCCUAAUCGACACGAGCACAACGACGGCGCCGACAGGACCGUACAUUGCGCUCAGCUAUCGCUGGGGCGCCAACCCAAGCCAUCUUGUUCUCGCUACCACCAACCUGACGCAGCUCAUAGAAGGCAUCGAGUACAGUAGCCUCCCAAAGACGUUUCAAGAUGCCGUCGCCGUGGCUAGGAGGCUCAACAUCCGGUACUUGUGGGUGGACUCGCUCUGCAUUCUGCAGUCAGGAGACGGCCAUGCGGACGACUGGGCGAAACACGUCCCCUCAAUGGGUGCCAUCUACGAGAACUGCUUCCUGAAUAUUGCCGCGGCGGAUGCACCAGAUGCAGACGGUGGUUGCUUCUAUCGCAGGGCACCAGAGACGUUACAACGGCCCGUGAUCCAGACCCAGUAUAAGGAAGAGACAGAAACGUUCGAGUUCGUGAACCGGGACAUCCAAGGCAGAGUCGGCCUCUUCCCUCUCAACGAACGGGCUUGGGUCUAUCAAGAGCGCCUGCUGGCACCACGGACGGUGCAUUUCAGUCGGUAUCAGAUCUUCUGGGAAUGCCGCGGUGUCGCUGCCGCAAGCGAGUGCUUCCCCCGCGGCAUUCCUCACUUCUAUCUAGGGGACGAACCCGACGACGAAGCGCAGGCUCCCCCCUAUUCACUCGAAGACACCGCCCUCGACGAGGCGGCGGAAGCGGCUACCUCCCAACCAACGGGGAAUAACACCUCAACCAUCUUCCAAAGCUGGGAGGAGAUUGUGCGCGGCUACAACAAGACAACACUGACACGACCCGAGGACAAGCUCGCGGCCAUCGCCGGCGUUGCGAAGCGCGUUGCUACCAAGGCAAACGACGAGUACGUCGCCGGCAUCUUCCGCUCCCAGCUGCCUCUUGGGCUGUGCUGGGCCACCGGCGCCCCAUUGUGGGACCAGUCCGGCACCUCCAGGGGCCGCAGCUUUGAAGGCCCCUACCGUGCUCCGUCCUGGAGCUGGGCGUCGACCGAGGGUGAGCUGACGUUCCCCCGCGAUCCCCGCUUUGAUGAGUACCGGGUUGCUCUGAGAGAGGAGUCGGUUAUCUUGCGGUUUGCGGUGUGGUUGUUUGAGGUCAGGGAUGGCGCGGUGAGCCGUGGGAAGCGUGCUGUGGUAAGGGAACUCUUCCGGAAACGGAGAGGUCCGCAGGUGGCAGAUGUUUUGGGUGUCGUUAUCGAUCCCGUCACGGAGGGGGAACCGUUUGGGCGGAUUCGGUUCGCGUCGCUGAGGUUGAGGGGCCCUCUCUCCAAACAUAAGAUUAAAGCAGCUACAUUUGAGAGCUGCUGGAAACCUACUCUCGAGGAUGGUCCAUUCUUGCUGGACUUGGAGGUGGACUGGGAUCAAGAAGGAGAGAUUGGUCUUGACUUCGUUUAUGUUUUGAUCCUUCAUUAUGUGGAAACUGGGUUUCUGCAGCGUGUCGUACAGGGGCUAGUCCUAGACCCCGUGGGGGAUGAUGUCCAUAUCCUAGGAGGUGCCCAACAUUAUCGUCGAAUUGGAAGCUUCCAGUCAUCGUCUGUUAAGGCGGACUGGGGUCGCUUGAAGGUCUAUGCGAACGAAGUAGUUCUUAUUUAGCUCCUAACUGAAAGUCAAGAAACUGGAUGAUGGUCCACCGGAGACAGUACGUACAUACAUGCACAUGAGGCACAGGGACUAUCGGAUCCAGUGUCAACCAAAAUGUCCAUG